CGUUCUAGAAGCGAGCAAGGGUUGCCCCCCAAUUAACUCAAAAAUCAUUUCUUCCCCGUUUUCGCUCCCCCUUCCGUCUUCCCCCACGCGCACGCGGAGCACACUCAAACCUCCGCCCCACCACACCGAAGAAGGGACGGAGGUCUCGGGAGGCGCCAUGGACUGCUGCUUCCCCUGCCCGGGCGCCAGGAGGAAGCGCAAGCCGCCGGCGCCGGCCGAGAAGCCCCAGAUCCCUCCCGCACCAGACAAGGCCAAGCCGGGGUGCUCCUCCUCGUCGGCGGCGGCGCGGCAGGACUCGCUGUUGGAGGCCAAGAAGGAGUUCGUGCUCAGCAACGGAUCCGAGCACCGCCACAUUGCGGCGCAGACCUUCACCUUCCGGGAGCUCGCGGCGGCGACCAACGGCUUCAGGGCCGACUGCCUUCUCGGGGAGGGCGGCUUCGGCCGGGUCUACAAGGGGUACCUCGAGAGUAUCAACCAGGUUGUCGCCAUAAAGCAGCUCGAUCGAAAUGGACUGCAGGGCAACAGGGAGUUCCUUGUUGAGGUCCUCAUGCUGAGCUUGCUGCACCACCCACACCUAGUCAACCUUAUUGGCUAUUGCGCCGAUGGCGACCAGAGGCUUUUGGUUUACGAGUAUAUGCCGCUAGGUUCUUUGGAAGACCACCUCCAUGAUCCUUCCCCAGAUAAACCUCGCCUUGACUGGAAUACACGGAUGAAGAUAGCUGCCGGUGCAGCUAAAGGGCUGGAGCAUUUGCACGACAAGACAAAUCCUCCUGUCAUAUACCGAGACUUGAAAUGUUCAAACAUCUUGCUCGGAGAGGGAUACCACCCAAAGCUGUCUGACUUUGGAUUGGCAAAGCUUGGUCCAGUUGGCGAUAAGACACAUGUUUCCACCAGAGUGAUGGGUACAUACGGGUAUUGUGCCCCUGAGUAUGCUAUGACCGGUCAGCUGACUCUGAAGUCAGAUGUUUACAGCUAUGGUGUUGUUCUAUUGGAGAUCAUCACAGGACGAAGGGCUAUCGACAACACCCGAGCCACGGGGGAGCAAAAUCUUGUUGCGUGGGCCCGUCCCUUGUUCAAAGACAGGAGGAAGUUCCCCCAGAUGGCAGACCCGGCGCUGGAGGGCCGGUACCCGGCAAGGGGACUGUACCAGGCCCUUGCCGUCGCCGCAAUGUGCGUGCAAGAACAACCGACCCUGAGACCGUUGAUCGGCGACGUCGUCACGGCCCUGAGCUACCUUGCCUCCCAGCCAUACGAUCCGGAGGUGCACGGUGUCCACCGCCCGUCGCGCCUGACGGCUUCCGGCACACCGCCCCGAUCCCGGAACCACGGAGCGGAUCGUCAAAGAGGAGGAAGCGAGUGAGGUUGCGGUUGUGGCCACGGGAGAAGCCUGAAUUUUGUCGCUGCACGAGUCCAAAAAUGGAGCUGAAGAGGAAUUUUGUGGAUAGCAAGGCGGCUUUUCGUUUACAUGUUGGGGUGGAUUGUGAAUCGAUGAUGUAUGUUGAUCAGUUGAUCUAUCUGUUGGAGAUGGUGCUAGAGAUGAUGCAUGCAUGUGCUCUCCGGUCAAAGUAUGUAUCUAGGUAGAUGAUGAGGCAGUCGGUGUAACCAAACCACCCAUGACUUUUAACAGUUCGAUCGGUCUAUGAAUUAUCAUUUCUCCUUGUA